AUGAUGAUCCUUUCUCUUCUCUGGUCGCUCGUCUUCCUGCCGUCGGUCGUCUUUGCGGCCUUCGGCUGGACUGACAACGGCUCGGAGUACGUGAUUGACAGCGGUGCCGACCUGGUCAUCAAGGUCACCAAGUGCUGCGGUGACAUUUCUUCGCUCCAAUUCAAGGGCGUCGAGUACAAUGGCUACGGCGGCAAGAACAGUCACGUUGAGUCCGGGGAUGAAGGUCUCGGCACCAGCACGGUCAGCAUCGCGAGCUACAGCAAUGUCAUCAAGGUCGCGGUCGUUCACGGCACACUCAAGCACUGGAUCUUCGUCCGCUAUGGAAACAACAAUGUCUACCUCUUUACGAACAAGGCAGACGACUCUGUGUCCGCCAUGCGAUACAUUGUCCGCAUCAAGGGCGGGUUGUUCUCCCAUGGCUCGACCGAAAGCGAUUUCUACGACAGCAGUAGCAGCAUUAUCGAAGCUCAGGACAUCAACGUCAACGGCGCUGGCUUGACCAAGAGCAAGCACUACCAGGGCUCCAACUACGGCCGAUCCCUUCUGCGUCGCGCCGAUCCCGGCGGCGAGGACUUGUACGACAUCUACUAUUACAACAUGGGCCACACCGACCCAAUGCGUACGGGUCUUCAGGGCCCAUCCGUCCUGGCCUUCACCUCGGGCGAGGAUCCGAACGCCAAUCUCUUUGCUCGCAAGGCUGACUGGUCAUGGUUCGACGACAAGGGCCUUGACGGCUGGGUCCCUGCCUCGGGCCGUGGCUACGCCACUGGCGUUGGUCUCGCCAACAUGAAGUCCGGCAAAACUUACGUCGUUGGGCUUUCCAACUCUGUUGCGCAAUACUGGGGGACCGCAGGCGCCGGUGGUGCCUGGUCCAUCACCAAGGUCAUCCCUGGUACCUACACUCUGACUGUGUACAAGGACGAGCUUGAGGUUGCCACUUCAUCUGUCACUAUUAAGGCCGGUGCUGGUACUGCUGUCAACACCAUCACUUGCGUUGACCCGCAGGAUGCUGCCGCCAUCUGGCGCAUUGGCGAGUGGGAUGGCACUCCAAAGGGCUUUUUGAAUUUCGAGGAUACCCCUAUGAAGCCUACCUUCAUGCACCCUUCGGAUUCCCGUAUCUCAACCUGGAACGUCGGCAACUUCAUCAUCGGCACGCACAGCACCAACCGCUUCCCAGGCUACAUGUGGAAGGAGGUUAAUAACGGCUACAUCAUCUACUUCAAGCUCACCGCCGACCAGCUCACGUCUGGCCACACGGUCCGUAUCGGUCUCACCGAGGCCUACAUUGGCGGCCGCCCCGCUAUCAACGUCAACUCAUGGGCCUCGCCCUUGCCCGCGGCCACCAACCAAGCCAGCACGCGCUCGCUGACCGUUGGUACUUACCGCGGCAACAACGUCAAGCUGACUUACGCCGUGCCCCAGUCUGCUUGGAUCCAAAGCACAGGCGAGUGGCAGGUUCUCACCAUCAACAUCAUCAGCGGCAGCUCCGGCUCCAAGUUCCUCAGCCCUGGUGUUAGCUUUGACGCCAUCGAGCUGCUGCCUUGA